GCCGCCGCCAACCAUCAGGCCCUCAUGCACCACGUCGCCAUGUCCGUGUCAGGGCACCACCCGUCGAUGAUGAUGGCGCCUGGCUUUACGGGGGUGCCCGGCCACUCAGUGCCCUCACCCCAGCACGGCAUUCCCGGCCACCCGGGAGGGCCGAUUUUCUUUGCGGUGCCGAUGUACAUCCCUCAGGGACAAGGCAUGCCGGCGGCGGCAACCGCGGCAACCGCGGCAGCAGAGAGUGCUGCUCAGGCGCCCGCGGCGACGGCAGUGGCGGCGCCGUCGUUGGCGGCUACUGCGGCCGCCGCUGCUGAUCCGGCGCCGACGCCGGUGGCGGAGGCAGCGGCAGCGGCAGCGGCAGCGGCAGCGCCGGGGGUUGUUGACGCGACGGAGGCCGUGCCGGCCCCCUCGGGCAAGAAGACCUGGGCGGUGCCCGCCGGCAUGGGCUACCAGUCGAUGAUGACCUUGCAGAUGCCUCAGUUCGUGACCCAGGCCUUGUCUGGCGAGGAGGGGAACGAGAAGCCUACGCACGCGGUGUGCGCGUAAGUCUCCACCCGCCAAUGGUCUUUGCGAUUUUUUUUGCUGAUUGUUUUGCGGCGAGCCGUGGCGCUUGCUUUUGUUGUUGUUAUUGUUGUUGGGGCAGGGUGUGUGUUUGGUGCAUGGAAGGGAACUCGAAGCGUGUGGUUGGUGUACUGUGUACGGGUGGGGGUGGGAGGAGUCUGCGUGGCUAAGAAGAGAUAGAUGGGGGAAUACAAGUGAGAGUAGCAGGUUGCCCGAUUUUGGGACAAGCAUGCUCGAAAUGGACCUGAUCACGUUCUUGCAACGCUCGUUGCCAAAAGUUUGGCGUGGUGAUGAUGGUAUUUAGACGUCUAUGCUGGGGCCGGGACUUGGCGUGUUAGAGGCUAAAGCGAUGAGCUGCUGUAGCGUUGUCGAGCAAGUAGUGCCAUACGCACCACAGCCCAGCGGCGUGUACAUGUAGUCGCUGUUUGGGUGCUGCUGUGUUAGCCGGGAUCAAUGAAAUGGGGCACAUGCCCACCGCCUUUUUUUUUCUUCAGGGUAGACCUAGCAUACAACUAUUUAUGAGAAUAGUCCUUGGCACCUGUGCUGUGCUUAUGGAGUUGCGUUGUUUGUUUCGUCCACCGUUGGUGGGUUGUGUCCAGCUAAAGAUGGAGGCGCGCAGAAGGGGGGGGGAUAUCAGAGAAAUAAUCAAGACGUACAUGGAACAAGAAUAAACGAAAACGUACAACAUGGUGAACAAAUAAGGGUUUAAAAAGGUUUCUAGUUAGUUAAUCACGGGCGCAGGGUGGUUGUGGCUGCGAGCUGUUUUUUUCUUCUCCCGGGUACUCGCGCAAGUAGAUAGCCCAGCCCGUCCGUGUCAUGGUGACAAUCGUACAGCCGGGUUGGUACAGGCGUUUGGUAGCGUUUAGAAACGCCCCGCAUGACCGUGUGCUCGGUGGAUUGUUUAGAAGUUGUCAAGGAGUCCUUCGUAGUCCGGCCUGUCGUGCAUUUUUCGCGUAGUGGCGGACGGGAAAGAAAGGGGAAGGAUACAACAACGGUAUCAUGCAUAUCGUUUUUAGUAGUGGGGGGGGGUUCGGCAGGCAGAAAUGAAGUGCUUCGUAUCAUCGAAGAAUUCGGCCGUUCGUUUCGUG